AUGACGUUCCAUAUCGCCUCCACCACCAACACGGCCACCACAAUCACCGAAACAAAACCCAAAGAGCCAGUUUCACCUCACGGCUCACCCUUAACCCAGAUCAUCCACCACAGCCAUGUAACAACAGACUUCGACCCGCACCGCUUCAAUGCAGCCGCGGCCCAACAACUCCAACCGCGACGGAAAUCCCAAGUCACGGAUACCCGCCUCAUCGCCUCGCCAUAUAACAGCGCCAACCACCUACUGGAUAUAUCCACUUUGGAACAACAAGACCGUCUCUUUGCAUUGGCAUUGUCAUAUCUCAAGCCCACGCGCGUUGACUAUGCCACGGCUGCAUAUACGGAAUCGUUCAACUGGACGGAAGUUUUUGAGUUGCUGAAGGCCUUUUCGGACGCUGAGAAUCAUGCGUGGAAACGGCGCUCUUAUUAUGUUGUGAUUUUCCGGUCUGUGUUGCUGCCGGAUGUUGAUUCGGAGUAUUUGUAUGCACUUGAUGCGCAUUCGCAUCGCGAGGCAAUGGCUAGUGGGGGUUUGUUGAAGUAUUGGUUUGGGGCCAAGGAUGAUUUGGGGAGGAAUUUGGCUACUUGUAUUUGGCGGAACCGGGAUGAUGCUCGGCUUGGGGGUCGGGGGCCAUGGCAUGCUCGCGCAAGAGCUGCUGGGUCGGUGUUGUAUGAGCAGAUUUUGUUCACGACGCUGGGGUUGAAUAUUGCCGAUGGAGUGGGAUCGUGGGAUCUAAGUGACUGGAAGGAGGAUGCAGAGGGACAAUGA